AUGACUGACGAGCACAAUGAAGCCACAUGCAAAGCCUUAAAUGGGACGAUAUCACCCCGCGAAGCAAUGCCUGAGGAUGACCCCAAUGAGAAUGUCAACCCUGAAGGUGUUGUCGAGCCCCGUUGGGGACCAAAACAUGCUGGCGCUAAACAGUUAGCAUCAUUGUAUAGCAAAGAGAAACGACUCCAAGAGUUGAUCUGUGUUGUAAGUGGAAUAGUAUUACUGAUAAUUAUAUUCUUAUCACUUCUGCGUCAUUUCACCAUCAGAACACUACCAUCAAUACUGAUCGCAGCCUUUGUUGGUAUACUAAUGGCAGACUUCCUAUCCGGUUUAGUGCACUGGGCUGCAGAUUCAUGGGGUACGAUUGAUAGUUUCAUUGGGAAGAAUUUUAUUCGUUCGUUCCGCGAACAUCACGUCGACCCGACCGCCAUAACAAGACACGACUUGAUCGAAUGUAACGGUGAUAAUUUCAUGUUGAUCAUCCCAAAACUAUUGCAUAUGCUUUAUCAGCAUUUGACGUACGAUGAGAAAGAGUUGAACGCUAUCAUAGUAUCACAUUGGUUCUAUCUGCUCCUCUCCUUCUACGUGGCGCUGACGAAUCAGAUUCAUAAGUGGUCACACACUUAUUUCGGACUCUCACCAUUCGUCUACAAACUGCAACAGUUGAAUAUCAUCUUACCGAGACAACACCACCGAAUCCAUCACGUCUCACCGCAUGCAUCUGCCUAUUGUAUAACAACGGGAUGGUUGAAUAAACCACUGGACGCGAUCGGAUUCUGGCGUGCUGCUGAAAUGCUGAUCACUUAUACGACGGGCAUGAAACCUAGGACUGAUGACCUGAAAUGGGCAAAGACUAGAUGA